AUGCUGGGACUCUCAGCCUGUCAGUCCUUGAGGGGCCACGCCCGCCAGCAGGCAGUCACCGUCCACCUGGCCAGAGGAGGCAAGAUGGCGGCUGGGCCAAAUGGGCUCGAGGAGUGGGUGGGCAGUGCCUACCUAUUUGUGGAGUCCUCGCUGGACAAGGUGGUCUUGUCGGAUGCCUAUGCUCACCCACAGCAGAAAGUGGCAGUGUACAGGGCUCUGCAGACUGCCCUGGCAGAGAGUGGCGGGAGCCCCGACGUGCUACAGAUGCUCAAGAUCCACCGCAGCGAUCCGCAGCUGAUCGUGCAGUUGCGUUUCAGCGGGCGCCAGGCCUGCGGCCGCUUCCUCCGCACCUACCGCGAGGGGGCACUGCGCGCCGCGCUGCAAGGGUGCUUGGCGGCGGAGCUGACCCUGCACUCCGUGCCGCUGCGACUGGAGCUGCGCGCCGGCGCGGAGCAGCUAGAUGCCUUGCUGACCGACGAGGAGCGCUGUUUGAAUUGCAUCUUCGCCCAGAAGCCCGACCGGCUCCGGGAUGAGGAACUAACAGAGUUGGAGGAUGCGCUCAGAAAUCUGACGUGCGGCUCGGGGGGCCAAGAGGGCGACGUGGAGGGCGCCCCGGCCCCCUCGCAGUCUCUGGCACCCUCUCCGUCGGAGGAGAAGCCACCGCCGCCGCCGCCGCCGUCUGGCCAGAUUUUUCUGUUCCACGGUCAGCCUGUAGUGAACCGGCCGCUGAGCCUGCAGGACCAACAGACGUUCGCGCGCUCAGUGGGCCUCAAGUGGCGCAAGGUGGGGCGCUCCUUGCAGCGCGGCUGUCGUGCAUUGCGGGACCCGGCGCUUGACUCACUGGCCUAUGAAUACGAGCGUGAAGGGCUGUAUGAGCAGGCCUUCCAGCUGCUGCGGCGCUUCGUGCAGGCCGAGGGCCGCCGCGCCACGCUGCAGCGCCUGGUGGAGGCGCUCGAGGAGAAUGAACUCACCAGCCUGGCAGAGGACUUGCUGGGCCUCGCAAAUCCCCAUGGCGGCCUGGCCUAG